AUGAGUACAGACGCAGAGAUGGCCAUUUUUGGUGAGGCAGCCAUAUACCUCCGGAAGCCGGAGAAGGAAAGAAUAGAGGCACAAAACAGGCCCUUUGAUGCCAAGACAGCCUGCUUUGUGGUUGACCCCAAGGAACUGUAUGUCAAAGGUAUAAUCCUUCAAAAAGAAGGGGGGAAAGUCACUGUUAAAACUGAUGCUGGACAGACUGUAACAGUCAAGGAUGAUGACAUCUGCCCAAUGAAUCCUCCAAAGUUUGACAAAAUUGAGGAUAUGGCCAUGAUGACCCACCUCAAUGAAGCCUCUGUACUGUACAACCUCAAAGAGCGUUAUGCAGCAUGGAUGAUUUAUACCUACUCUGGGCUGUUCUGUGUUACUGUGAACCCCUACAAGUGGCUCCCUGUGUACAAUCAAGAAGUUGUAGCAGCCUACAGAGGCAAAAAGCGCAUGGAGGCCCCUCCCCACAUCUUCUCUGUCUCUGACAAUGCCUAUCAAUUCAUGCUCACUGACAGAGAAAAUCAGUCAAUCCUGAUUACUGGAGAAUCUGGAGCUGGAAAGACUGUGAACACAAAACGUGUCAUCCAGUACUUUGCAACAAUUGCAGUGUCUGGGGACAAGAAGAAAGAGGCUGCAGCUGCUGGUAAAAUGCAGGGAUCUCUGGAGGAUCAAAUCAUUGCAGCAAAUCCUCUGUUGGAGGCUUAUGGUAAUGCCAAGACUGUGAGGAAUGACAACUCCUCUCGCUUUGGUAAAUUCAUCAGAAUUCACUUUGGAACUACAGGAAAACUGGCUUCAGCUGAUAUUGAAACAUAUCUGCUGGAAAAGUCCAGAGUGACCUUCCAGCUGGCAGAUGAAAGAAGUUACCACAUCUUCUAUCAGAUCAUGACCAACCACAAACCAGAGCUAAUUGAAUUGCUCCUCAUCACAACCAACCCAUACGAUUUCCCCAUGAUCAGCCAGGGCCAGAUCACUGUGGCCAGCAUAGAUGACAAGGAAGAGCUGGUUGCCACAGAUACUGCCAUUGACAUUUUGGGCUUCACAAAUGAAGAGAAACUGAAUAUCUACAAACUGACUGGUGGUGUGAUACAUCAUGGGAACAUGAAGUUCAAGCAGAAACAGCGCGAGGAGCAGGCUGAGCCUGAUGGCACUGAGGUGGCUGACAAAGUUGCUUAUCUCCUGGGCUUAAACUCCGCUGAUUUACUCAAAGCUCUCUGUUACCCAAGAGUGAAAGUGGGAAAUGAAUUUGUGACAAAGGGGCAGACGGUUCAACAGGUCCACAAUUCAGUCAUGGCGUUGGCUAAAUCCAUCUAUGAAAAAAUGUUUCUGUGGAUGGUAGUCCGUAUCAACCAGAUGUUGGACACAAAACAGCCCAGACAGUUCUUCAUUGGUGUCCUGGAUAUUGCAGGAUUUGAGAUCUUUGAUUUCAACAGUUUAGAGCAACUGUGUAUCAACUUCACCAAUGAGAAAUUGCAACAGUUUUUCAACCACCACAUGUUUGUACUGGAACAAGAAGAGUACAAGAAGGAAGGAAUUGAAUGGGAAUUCAUUGAUUUUGGUAUGGACUUGGCUGCCUGCAUUGAGCUUAUUGAGAAGCCCAUGGGAAUCUUCUCCAUCCUCGAAGAGGAGUGCAUGUUCCCCAAGGCUUCUGACACAACCUUCAAGAACAAGCUGUAUGACCAACAUCUUGGCAAAGCUGCUUGCUUCCAGAAGCCCAAGCCUGCCAAAGGCAAGGCUGAGGCCCAUUUCUCCCUGGUGCACUAUGCUGGGACUGUGGACUACAACAUCUGUGGUUGGCUGGACAAAAACAAGGACCCCCUGAAUGAAUCUGUGGUACAGCUCUAUCAGAAAUCCUCUGUGAAACUGCUGGCUCAUCUUUAUGCAAGCUUUUCAUCAGCUGAAGAGGCUACUGGUGGUGGUGGUGGCAAGAAGGGUGCCAAGAAGAAGGGUGGUUCUUUCCAGACUGUGUCUGCUUUGUUCAGGGAGAACCUGGGGAAGCUAAUGACAAACCUGCGAAGUACUCACCCUCACUUUGUACGCUGCUUGAUUCCAAAUGAAUCAAAGACACCAGGUCUCAUGGAGAAUCAUCUUGUGAUCCACCAGCUGAGGUGCAAUGGUGUCCUAGAAGGCAUCAGAAUCUGUAGAAAAGGGUUCCCCAGCAGGAUCCUCUAUGGAGACUUCAAACAGAGGUAUAAAGUGUUGAAUGCCAGUGUAAUCCCAGAAGGGCAGUUCAUUGACAACAAGAAAGCUUCAGAGAAGCUCUUGGGGUCAAUUGAUGUGGACCACACUCAGUACAAGUUUGGACAUACCAAGGUGUUCUUCAAAGCUGGUCUGCUGGGAACGCUGGAGGAGAUGAGAGAUGAGAAGCUGGCAACACUGGUGACGAUGACUCAAGCUCUUUGCCGGGGCUUCCUCAUGAGAAAGGAGUUUAUGAAAAUGAUGGAAAGGAGAGAGUCCAUCUUCAUCGUUCAGUACAAUAUCCGGUCAUUCAUGAAUGUGAAGCAUUGGCCAUGGAUGAAGGUUUUUUUCAAGAUCAAGCCACUCUUAAAAAGUGCAGAAGCUGAAAAGGAAAUGGCCACCAUGAAAGAGGAAUUUGCAAAGUGUAAGGAAAAUCUAGCAAAGGUAGAAGCCAAAAGGAAAGAACUUGAGGAGAAAAUGGUCACUCUGCUCCAGGAAAAGAAUGAUCUGCAGUUACAAGUGGCAGCCGAAACUGAAAAUCUUGCAGAUGCUGAAGAGAGAUGUGAGGGGCUGAUAAAAAAUAAAAUCCAGCUUGAAGCAAAAGUGAAAGAAUUAAAUGAGAGACUAGAAGAUGAGGAGGAAAUAAAUGCCGAACUGACUGCUAAGAAGCGGAAACUGGAGGAUGAGUGCUCUGAGCUGAAGAAAGAUAUUGAUGACUUAGAGCUUACCUUAGCCAAAGUGGAAAAAGAGAAACAUGCAACUGAAAACAAGGUUAAAAACUUGACUGAGGAGAUGACAUCACUGGAUGAAACCAUUGCCAAGUUAACAAAGGAGAAAAAAGCCCUCCAAGAGGCACACCAGCAGACCCUUGAUGAUCUCCAAGCAGAGGAAGACAAAGUCAACACUCUGACCAAAGCUAAAGCAAAACUUGAGCAACAGGUGGAUGAUCUUGAAGGUUCUCUGGAGCAAGAGAAAAAACUUCGCAUGGACCUUGAGAGAGUCAAGAGAAAACUUGAGGGAGACCUGAAACUUGCCCAGGAAUCCAUAAUGGACCUGGAGAAUGACAAGCAACAGUCAGAGGAGAAGAUUAAAAAAAAGGACUUUGAAAUAAGUCAGCUCCUUGGAAAGGUUGAAGAUGAGCAAGCACUUGGUGGGCAGUUGCAGAAGAAAAUCAAGGAGCUACAGGCCCGCGUUGAAGAACUGGAGGAAGAGAUUGAAGCUGAACGUGCUGCUCGGGCCAGGGUGGAGAAACAGAGGUCUGAUGUCUCCAGGGAGCUGGAGGAGAUCAGUGAGAGGCUCGAAGAAGCUGGUGGAGCAACUGCUGCUCAGAUCGAGGUGAACAAAAAGCGCGAGGCUGAGUUCCAGAAACUGCGGCGUGAUCUCGAAGAGUCCACUCUUCAGCAUGAGGCAACCUCGGCCGCCCUCCGCAAGAAGCAUGCAGACACUGUAGCUGAAUUAGGCGAGCAAAUCGACAACCUUCAGCGUGUCAAACAGAAGCUGGAGAAGGAGAAGAGCGAGUACAAAAUGGAAAUUGAUGACCUUGCCAGCAAUAUGGAAGCAGUAGCUAAAGCAAAGCUUAAUCUUGAGAAGAUGUGCAGAAGCCUUGAGGACCAGCUCAGUGAACUCAAAACUAAAAGUGACGAAAAUUUGCGUCAUAUCAAUGACAUUAGUGUACAGAAAGCAAAGCUUCAGACAGAAAAUGGAGAGUUUGCUCGCCUUCUGGAGGAGAAAGAAUCCCUGGUAUCCCAGUUAACAAGAAGCAAACAGGCAUUCACUCAGCAAAUUGAGGAGCUGAAGAGGCAAACUGAAGAGGAGGUUAAGGCGAAAAAUGCUCUCGCCCAUGGCUUGCAGUCAGCCCGCCAUGACUGUGACCUGCUCCGUGAGCAAUAUGAGGAGGAGCAGGAGGCUAAGGCCGAACUGCAGCGUGGAAUGUCCAAGGCCAACAGCGAAGUGGCUCAGUGGAGAACCAAGUAUGAGACUGAUGCCAUCCAGCGCACAGAGGAACUCGAGGAAGCUAAGAAAAAGCUUGCCCAGCGUCUGCAAGACACGGAAGAACAAAUUGAAGCUUUGAACUCAAAGUGUGCCUCUCUGGAAAAGACCAAACAGAGACUGCAGGGGGAAGUAGAAGACCUCAUGACUGAUGUGGAGAGAGCAAAUGCUUUGGCUGCUAUACUUGAUAAGAAACAAAGAAACUUUGAUAAGGUUUUGGCAGAAUGGAAACAGAAGUAUGAGGAAAGUCAGGCAGAGCUGGAAGGGUCUCAGAAAGAGGCUCGUUCUCUCAGCACUGAGCUCUUCAAGAUGAAGAACUGCUAUGAAGAAGCUCUGGAUCAGCUGGAGACCCUGAAACGAGAGAACAGGAACCUACAGCAGGAAAUCUCAGAUCUCACCGAGCAGAUUGGUGAAAAUGGGAAGAUCAUACAUGAGCUGGAGAAGGCAAAAAAGACAGCAGAGACUGAGAAGGCAGAAAUUCAGACUGCACUGGAAGAAGCAGAGGCCUCACUUGAACAUGAGGAGUCCAAGAUUCUCCGUGUUCAGCUAGAACUCAACCAGAUCAAGUCUGAGGUGGACAGAAAGAUUGCAGAGAAGGAUGAGGAAAUUGAGCAGCUGAAACGAAACAGUCAGCGAGUCAUUGAGUCAAUGCAGAGCACUCUGGAUGCGGAGGUCAGGAGCAGAAAUGAUGCCCUCAGAAUCAAGAAGAAGAUGGAGGGAGACCUGAAUGAGAUGGAGAUUCAGCUGGGCCACGCCAACCGGCAGGCUGCCGAAGCCCAGAAACAGCUGAGGAGUGUACAGGGACAGCUCAAGGAUGCUCAGCUACACCUUGAUGAUGCUUUGAGAGGUGAAGAAGACCUGAAGGAGCAAGUUGCCAUGGUGGAGCGCAGGAACACCCUGAUGCAGGCUGAGAUUGAGGAACUGAGGGCUGCUCUGGAACAGACGGAAAGAAGCCGCAAAGUGGCUGAGCAGGAGCUAAUGGAUGCCAGUGAACGAGUGACUCUGCUGCAUUCUCAGAAUACCAGUCUGAUCAAUACCAAGAAGAAGCUUGAUGCUGACCUUGCCCAAGUCCAAGCAGAAGUGGAUGAGACUAUCCAGGAAGCAAGGAAUGCGGAAGAAAAGGCUAAGAAGGCUAUUACUGAUGCUGCCAUGAUGGCAGAGGAACUGAAGAAAGAACAGGACACCAGUGCUCAUCUAGAAAGAAUGAAGAAGAACCUGGAGAUCACAGUCAAGGACCUGCAGCACCGUCUGGAUGAGGCUGAGAAUCUGGCCAUGAAGGGUGGCAAGAAACAGCUCCAGAAACUGGAGGCUAGAGUGCGUGAGCUGGAGAGUGAGCUGGAAGCUGAACAAAGACGUGGGGCUGAUGCUAUUAAAGGUGUCCGCAAAUAUGAGAGGAGAGUCAAGGAACUCAUUUACCAGUCAGAGGAAGACAAGAAGAAUGUGAACAGACUCCAGGAUCUGGUGGACAAGCUGCAGCUGAAAGUAAAGCUUUACAAGAGGCAGGCUGAGGAAGCUGAGGAGCAAGCGAACACUAACCUGACCAAGUUUAGGAAGGUGCAGCAUGAGUUGGAGGAGGCUGAAGAGCGUGCUGACAUUGCUGAGUCCCAGGUCAACAAGCUGAGAGCCAAGAGCCGUGAUAUGGGAUCAAAGGUUAGUUGA